AUGAGCCACAACCUUCUGAAUCCAGGCCUCAUCUCGGCCUACAACAGCCUGACCGAUAAACAUCUCGCCGGAUACUUCAGUAACACACGCAUCAGGAGACACUUGCAGAGGGCCGGCCUGAUUACAAGAAGUGGCCGGAUUGUUCCAGACAAAGAGUACAGGCAGAAGUUGAUCCAAAGAGCCCAUCAGAGACACGUGCGAGAAUGUCUGGCCCAAGCCAUAUUCCACAAAGUGUUGGAGAUGGAGCGUCUCCAUCAAAUAGAGAUCAAACGGAAGCUGGAGGAGUUUGCUCGGCGAGAGAGGGUUCACAAGAUAAAGGUGGAGCGGUCCAAAAGAUACGAAGAGGACAUCCCCCGCAUCAUGUCCCCGCGGCCGCCCACAGGGGUGCGGGGCGUGAGGAAGCAGCACUCUGGGGCUGAGGCGGAGCAGAGCGAGUCCUCAGAGUCUCCGGGCUCGUCACGCCCAAACACCGCCCCGGGGAAGAUGCAGCGGCCGGUGCGCCUGAAGCCUCUGCACGGCACCAGCACCGCGGCCUCGCACAGACACAGCUCUCCUUACAGACGCCAUAACACCCAGCGCCCAUUCAACCGGACGGUGGACAAAGACACAGACAGAGGCUUUAACUCCAUGGAGGUCCGUAAUGGGGUUUCUCCGUACUGCCUCCCGGUCAUCAACAACUUUGUGACCCCAGUGCCCCCCAGCACCAAGAGGAGGGAGUGUCCAGUGAAGCUCAGCACCAGCAGCACCCACCGCGGCCGCAGACUGAGGCCCCGCACUUCCUCCUGCGCUGCCGACGCCACAAAGGACGGGCCCGUGAUGAGGAGCUCGGUGCUUCAGAGUCGCGUGUGUGUGAACAUGGUCUACCUGGGCAAAGCGGUGCACCUGUCCCACGACCUCCUCGACAUGAGGGACGAUGUGCGAGUGUUCCAGCAGCACUGUGGAGGAGAGAACCUGUGCGUGUACAAGGGCAGGCUCAGAGAGGGAGAGAGUUUCCAGUUUAUUUCACGGCGUCACAGAGGGUUCCCCUUCAGUCUGACCUUCUUUCUAAACGGACUUCAGGUGGAGCGGCUGAGCUCCUGCUGUGAGUUCAAGCACCGUAAGAGCUCCCGCAUCGGGGGUCGACACGGACAUUUCGCCUUCUCAGGAGUGGAGGCAGCGUCGCCCUGUUACAAGUGCAUCAUCGCUAUGGGCCUGGAUAAAAAGCCUGUUCCACCCCCAAGAAGAGUGAAGGAGGAUGGCUUUAAACUGGGGAUAGUGCCCAGACUAAAGGUAACUGCAGGAGCUGAUGCAGAAGCUCAGAAACUAGACAGUGAGAAUGAGAAUACAGCUGCAGAGAUGACAGAAACGCAAGACGAGCCACACGAAGACCGCAAAGCCAAAGACGACUAUGAAGAGGACUUUGAGGCUGAUGACGAAGGCCCAGUAGAAGAGGAAGAGGACAAGGAAAAAGAAUCCACUUCCCCAAAAGAGGAAAAAGGGAACGAAUCCGAUGCGUCUGACAGUGAGACGGACGACGACCGAAAGUCUCGCUCAGGCUCCAGUUUUUCAGGCAGUGAGAGCGACGCAGAGGAGGUCGCAGAAGCCAGAGCGGCCGAGGAGGGAGAACACGACAAGCCUGAGGAUGAAGAGGAACAAGUGCCGGAGGAAUCCCCACAAGUGGAAGCAGCGCAGGCCCCGGAGUUUGAGGCCAAAGACUGCAUAGUCCUGGAUAGCACAGGCCAAAGCACCGAGAUAGAGAUCUGUGACACCAGCGGUCCAUCAGCGGCGGAGGGUGAGAGGAGGACAGAGGAGCCGGAGAGGGCAAACUCUGUGCAGGAGAAGUUAGCGGAGGCCACGAAGGAGUCUCACUGCAGCUCUGAGCCAGAACUUAACAACACCAGCACGGAGACGACCCAACCAGGCUCCAGCAAGUCCACAGAUAAAGAAAUAAAAGAGACAGAGACAUCUGCAAAAAAAGCCAAAGUUAUAGAAGAAGCUAAAAUCGAUGUAAGAAUGGCACAAGAGGCAGAUAAACCUGAAGAUGAUGCAACCAAAGAGCCAGAGGACGCAGCCAAAGUAGAAAAUGACGGGACUGACCAGGCUGCAUCAGAGGUGGGCAAGGACCUGGGAGAAAAGGACUCAUCUGAGGAGACGGCAGGAGGAGCAAAGUCUUCACCUGUUUUAGAAGAACCAAACGGGACAGAUAGAGAAGAGGGAGAGCAGGAGGAACAAACUCUACAACGAGAGGAGUCAUUGGGUGUGGAUUCAAAGCCAGACGAGACCGCGGAGGCCGAAAGUACCCAGGCAAUGACAGGAGCCCAAACAAUGGAGAUGAAAGCUGAGGCCCGGGACACACAAAAGGCCAUCAACGCUCAAGUGUCCACUGCAGCGGACACACCGGACAACAAUGAGCAGCAGGGAGAGGAGGAAAAAGCAGAGUCGGAAAAAGCAGAACCAGAAAAAGCAGAGUCGGAAAAAGCAGAACCAGAAAAAGCAGAGCCGGAAAAAGCAGCGCCGGAAAUUGCAGAACCGGAAAACGAUGCAAAAGAUGAGAGUAAAGAGAGUUGCCAGGUAGAGGUAGAAAUGGGUGGAAUUGAGAAAGAAAGGGUAGAGUCUGAUUUGGUUGACAAAGAUAAAACUGAUGAAGAGGGUGGUGCAGAAAAAGUGGUAGAAGGUCACAAGCGAAGUAUAAAUGAAGCAUCAGCUGAGGAGAUGGGAACUGAUCUGAACCGAAAUGAACAGGGCAAAGAUGAAGGAGAUCAUUUGGAGGAGAAACAUCCACAUGACGAAAACAAAGCAGAAGAAGAAGACGUGACAGAUUCCAACACAGAUGAGAAAGUUGACGUAGCUCAGAAACAUCCCGGCGACAACCCUAACAAGGAAUUAGAACAUGGAGAAAGCGAUGACGUUCAAAAUGGAGACACGAGCAAUAUUGAUAAUGGAGAGACUCAACAGACUGAUAGUGGAGUCACAGAUGAACCAUACCAGACACUGGCAUCUCAACAUCUAGAACCUGCUAUUCAGAAAGUGGAGGAUCAAGAAACAUGUGCAGAGAGUUUGAAAUUGGAGGAAAAAGUUGAAUUUGACAAAAGAGAGAGAGAGAUUGUUUCAGAGGAGGACCCCAAACACAACAAAAUGGCAUCUGAAAACCUAGACAGCAACAUUCAAAAAGAGGAGGCACAAGAAACUAGUGCAGAGAGUUUGAAAGUGGCGGAAAAGGAAGUUGCAGAGGAGGACCACAAAGACCUCUUGAACAAGUCUCCAGCAUCGGACGAUCCAGACAAGAAACUGGUCGUUGAAAAUCUCAACAGUGCAGUUCAAAACGAGGAGGAACAAGUUACUAUUGCGGAGGGAUUGAAAUUGCAGGAAAACGUUGAAUCUGACAAGAGAGUUGAGGAUGAGGACCAUAAAGAAAUCUUGAAAAAUCCCUCGGCAUCGGAUGAAGUUGAAAAAGAUCAUAAAAAUGGUGUUGAUUAUUCGGAUGUGACCGAGGUGGACGUAGAAAACGGAGAAGUGUCUGUUUUUGCAGAGACAAAGCCGCCAGAUGGAGAUAUGCAAAAACAAGCAACUGAGCAAAUAGUGAAGCACCGUGAUGAUGAAGUGGAAAAACUAAAAAAAGAGGAGAAUGAGAACAUUGGGAGUGAUAGCAACGCUGUGACAAGUAUAGAUCAAAACAGUACAGAAAUAAGCGAAGAUUUAGACGCAACGGAAAAGAACAACGUGGAAGAGACAAGAGUCGGUUCUGGUGAAAACGGGGAUACUGAGGAGGCAAGUAAAGCUUCAGAGGAGGGAGCGAGCAUCCUCCUGAAGCCACAAGUCCAGUUAAGUGAACCAAAGGAGCAGAAAGGCACUCCGGAAGGGUUGACAACGGCCAACAGCGCAGAUCUGGUCACUAACUGGGUCACCAUGCAUCAAACGUCCAAGUAUUUUGAGACCUUUGUUGAGCCUUUGGAGGAAAUGAGCGACAUGAACUCCCAAACUUCAAACAAGGAGUUGACAGAAGUGGCUCAGUCAAAAAGUCCAGUGGAAGUUGUGGGAGAGGAUAAGAAAGGUGUUGAAAGCGCUGGAGAGGAAAGUAAAGAACAAGAGACAGAAAAUGAGACCAAAGACGGAACUUCAGAGCGUGGAAGCAAUCAGUCUCAAGACAGACACAAAGCAUCAACCAAAGCUCUUGCACAAGUAGAGGAAAGUACAGUUUUUCCUGCACCAAAUGUUGAAACUGGUGGAAAUAUGGAACCAACUGUAAUUGAAGGAAGUCUGAAGUCGGCACAGCUCAACAACAACCUCACCAGGACUAGCAUUACAAGUAGCCACCGGACCAUCACCAGCGUCUUUCAAACUGUGUCUGGAAGUCUGAAUGAAGAGAAAGUAAGCGGGCAAGAUAUCACUGUAGUUCCGAAAACAGAAGAGCUUUCUAGCAGUCUAAAAGUAAGGGAAGAUGCACAACAGAACAGCGAAAACAAAGAAGUGACAACCGAUUUUAUGACGUCAACGUUGAACAGUGGGACUCAAGAGGGGUCUAAUGAAAACCAAAGCAGCAUCGGUGAGGAUAAGGAGGUUUUGAAGGAAUCUGACCACAUUGUGAGCCAAGAACAUCUAAGCAGCUUCUCAGUUGACAGCUCUUUUGCUUUAGUGGCGGCAUCUAAUGCUGUAAACGGACUUUGA